AUGGACGCCGAGCUUGUCCUGCGAUAUGGACCUGGCAUGUCCUUCUAUCGGGCUCAGAUACAGUCGGAAGAAGACCUGACACAUGCUGAUAGUAAUUCCUCAAACUUAUCCCUGAAGAGAUACAACUCAACGCUCCAUGCCUUGGAGACGACCAAUGAAAUGCUGAUCAACAAGAUCGGCAAGUUACGGACGAACACUCAUCGUCUCCGCCACGACCUGAUGAACCUGGAACUGCAUGUCAGAGCAUUCAACCGUGAACUCUUAGCAACCUGGCAGGCAGACGCGUUGACGCGAUUCAUCGAGGUUGUAUUCGAGCGUCAAGGCUGGAAGUUGCCUGGCAAGGUGGCCGUGGGCGAUCACAUCUAUUUACCCCGUGAAACUCUCUCAACAUUAUACUUCAAGGCCCUCAAGAAGAUCAAGAAGGAGACAGUCACGAGGAAGUUUGGACUGCCGAUGCGGUACUACCAUGCUCUACAGAGGUACCAUGAAGUCGCUCAUUUACGGAGCACCAAUCCCUACCGGACUGAGUGCAGCUUCGCUCGAUGGCUGGUCUCUGUGAAAGAGGAGAACCGGGGAGCGUAUCGGUUCUGGGGCAGAUUGUUUCCUCUCUGCUAUAACCAGUCCGUCGAACAGAGCGCCGAUAUCUUUUGA